AUGUUCCUGCUGCUGCUGGUGGUGGGGACGGCUGUGAGCAGAUGCCUACAUGAUGAGACGCAGAAGUCUGUGACACUUCUCAGGCCCCAUCUCUCCCAACCUGCACCCAGCUUCCGCUUUUCCGCCCUCGCCCUGUCUGGCUCCCGUGAGCCUCAGCCCCUACGAAUUCGAACCUACUCUAUCAGAGACCCUGUAUCAGAUGGAGCCUGGGAGCUGGAGGGAGCCAGAAUGAGAGGAGGACCACGAGCCCUGGCCCUGGCCGCAGCCAGACAGGCUGCUCAGCAGCUCCAGGGGAUGCUCACAGUGCAAGGCCCUCUGCUUCUGAGUCGAGACCCCGCACAGUACUGCCACGCUCUUUGGGGGGACCCAGAUGCCCCAAACUACCACAGGUGCAGCCUCUUGAACCCAGGGUACAAAGGAGAGAGUUGCCUGGGGGCAAAGAUCCCAGAUGCCCAUCUCCGUGGUUAUGCAUUGUGGCCCGAGCACGGUCCCCCACAACUGGUCCAGCCAGAUGGACCCGGGGUUCAAGACACGGAUUUUCUCCUGUAUGUGUGGGUGGCCCACACUUCCAAGUGCCGUGGAGAGGUGAGACUCAAAUCAAAUCCUUUUACUUGUUCUGCCUCUCUUAAUUUUAAAUAUCAUGGGAAGGGGGAGAGAGCACAAAGGCAGUUUUUAUUAACUUUGCUUCUGUGUUCCCCCACUUCCCUGCUUUCCAGCUCUGACCUUGUCCUGGCCCAUCCACAGCCCUCUGUCAUAGCCUACGCUGCCUGCUGCCAGCUGGACUCAGAAGACAGACCCCUUGCUGGUACCAUCAUCUACUGCGCCCAGCAUCUCUCCAGCCCCAGCCUCAGCCAUAGUGACAUUGUCACGGUCACUCUCCAUGAAUUGCUCCAUGCUCUGGGUUUCUCAGGACAGCUCUUCAAGAAGUGGCGGGAUUGUCCCUCAGGACCCAGUGUUAGAGAGAACUGUUCUACAAGGCAACAAGUGACAAGGAGAGAUGAGUGGGGACAACUGCUUCUUACCACCCCAGCUGUUAGCCACAGCCUGGCCAGACACUUGGGAGUGCCAGGGGCUUCACCAGGGGUUCCCUUGGAAGAAGAGGGCCCUCUGUCUUCACACUGGGAGGCCCGACUGCUCCAGGGUUCUAUCAUGACUGCUACCUUUGAUGGUGCCCGGCGCACUCGACUGGAUCCCAUCACUCUUGCUGCCUUCGAAGACUCCGGCUGGUACGGAGUCAAUCACAGUGUGGCAGAGGAGCUGCCGUGGGGCCAGGGAUCUGGCCUGGAAUUUGGCCUGGUGACUACGUGUGAGGCUGGCUCCUCAGACUUCUUCUGCACUGGCAGCGGGCUGGGCUGCCACUAUCUGCAUCUGGAUAAGGGAAGCUGCUCCUCCGACCCCAUGCUGGAAGGCUGCCGCAUGUACAAGCCCUUGGCCAAUGGGAGCGAAUGCUGGAAGAAGGAAAACGGGUUCCCACCGGGGGCAGAGAACCCCCACGGGGAGAUUUACCAUUCCCAGAGUCGUUGCUUCCUCGCCAACCUCACUUCACACUUGCUCCGUGAGGAUGAGACCAGGCAUCCGUCUGAGAUCCCACAUCCGAUGGAAGCAGAGCUCACGGGCCGCUGCUACUUACACCAAUGCACAGAGAGAGGAACGUAUGAGGUGCGGGCUGAGGGGACAGCCUGGGUCCAAUGCCUUCCUGGAAAGGCUAUUCAGAUACCUGGGUACUCCGGUCUUCUCUUCUGUCCCCGGGGUCGGCUUUGUCAAACUUUCAAAGGUACCGAUGCUGUUACUUCCCCACCUGUGAGUCUUCCGCCUCAAGACCUGUUAUUCCAGCUGUCUUUACAAUUAGCUGGGCCCCCAGGCCCCUCAGUGGGGAAGGAAGAGCUGGACGGGCUGACCGAAGCAGUACUACAGGCUCUGAUGAGCAGAAGCAGCACCAGCAGGUGCUAUUUCCACAGCCCCUCCAUUACCACCAGUCUGGUCUUCACUGUGUACAUGGGCAAGUCCCCUGGCUGCCAAGGGCCUUCGGUUGGUAUGCUGCACAGACACCUGACCCUAACUCUCCAGCAGAAGCCCCUAGAAGUACCUUAUGGAGGAGCCAGCUUUACCACGAGACACAUCAAGUUGCUGGUUACCUUGGACCAUAAACCCUCUGUGACCCACCUAGCACUGUCCACAGGACUCUGCCUAACACUGCUUAUCCUGGUGGGUGCACUGGGAACCGUGGCCUAUCAGAAACGAGCUACUCUUCUGGUGGCACCAUCUGGCCCUCACCGUUCACCAGAGCUCCAAGAUACACGGGGCCCAGUUACAGGAAUGAGGGAGGUGUGA